ACUUAAAUACAACAAACAGACCAUCAAAAUGCAUCUUACAAACGCUGUAAUCACUUUUAAAGAGGUCACCCGGAUAUUUCCAGUAACUUGAAAGUAUUUCAAUUUAAUUUUGAAGUGAUAGUUCACCCAAACAUAAAAGUUUACUCACCCUCAAGUCUAAAUCUUUAUGAUUUUCUUUCUUUUCCCAAUACUCGAUUGAGGUCAGAAGGGCAUCUGCAGCGUAAAACAUAUGCUGGAGUAGUUGGCAGUUCAUUCCGCUGUGGCGACCCCUGAUAGGGGACUAAACCGAAGGACAAUGAAUAAAUAAAUGAUUUUAUUUCUUGUGUUGAACACAAAAGAAGAUAUUUUGAAAACAAAACUUGCUGAAACAGAAUUUCUGGAACCCUGUAACCACUGACAUUCAAAGCAAAAAACUAAAUUACUGACAGUCAGUGGUUUCCGCCUUUCUUGAAAAUAUCUUCUUUUGUGUUCAACAGGAAAAAGAAAUGUUGGAUCAAGUGCAGGGAGAGUAAAUGAUGACUGAAUUCUCAUUUACUUAGGAGAACUAGUCUUUUAAUUUAAACUAUCAGUUACCAAUAUGCCAAAAACAACUCUAUAAAAGGUCAGAAAUAAGGAAGUGAGCUUGAGGAGCGAGAGAGGAAGUAACUGCAUGAGAAACCAAGAAAAUUGUACCUCAAGAUCCUGUGAACGUCCACUGUGGUGUAAUUUAGUUCAACUUCCUGUGUUGUUUGAAAAGAAAACUGUUCAUUAGCUCUUCAUUGGUCUUAAAAAUGGUCUACAAGAUGGACAGUGAUGUCUAAUGUCUGAUGGGACAACUGAUAGAUGGCCUAAUUGUUUUUGGAAAUGUUAGUUUUGUUCAUAAGGAUGUAUGCAGCCAAACACGUCCUCCUCUGGAUUGUAUUUCUGUACUGUUGGCAUGAAGCUCAAGCCCGUCUUUCAAUUGAUUUGCUGAACAGAACCAGAGUGGCUCUAGCAGGAGGUACUCUUGAGUUCAACCUGAAAGUGGUCAUUCCUGCAAACUCCACAUCGAAACUUGAAUGCUACACUCAGAAAAAAAAUAUUUGGAAUAAAGAACUAAAGGGAGGACUUCAGGAACAAACAAAGAUGGUGCCUGCCCAAAUCAAAAUGCACAAUAGCUCCAGUUCCGGCAAUUACAAUUUUCGUUAUGAAAACCAAAAAGUGUAUUGGGUGGUUCAAGUUAGGGAUAAAGGUUACGAGGAACCACCUUAUGAGUUGCACACAGACUACAUCAUCAUGAUGGCGAUCUCUGGAAUUCUUCUUACCUUCAGUGUUGCUGGAUCACUGUGUGUAUUUAAGAGCUAUAAGGAGAAGCCUCCGUGUAGAGAUGAUGAAAAUGAAGUAGCGGAGCAGAGAGCAGAGGAGAGCGAUGAUGUCAUCCUGGAUGAGGAUGCCGGAUCUGCAUCACUAUACACUGCUCUACAAUACAGAUCAGACUCUGUUUAUGAUACAUUGCAUCCUGAGACGACAGCAGAUGAAGGAAACACAACGGAGAAUAAAUCCCAUAUAAAGGACUGCAAAGUACUAGAAGAUGAAGCAUUUGAUUCUGUCUAUGAAAAUUUUUGAAUAAAUAUAAAGUAAUGAAUGAAUUUGUAAAUAUUUUCUUACCUGCUAUAAUGUACUUGGUGUAAAUAUAACGCUAGUUGUGUAAAAUUUAUUAUUUUAAUGUACAAGUUGUAUAAUAAAAUACUGCAAAAUAAAUAAAAGU